GGGGUGAAGAAGGGGCCGGCCUUCCAGCGACAGCGACGCAAGAUGGCAGCCACCACGGGCUCGGGAGUAAAAGUCCCUCGCAAUUUUCGACUGUUGGAAGAACUGGAAGAAGGCCAGAAAGGAGUAGGAGAUGGCACAGUUAGCUGGGGUCUAGAAGAUGACGAAGACAUGACACUUACAAGAUGGACAGGGAUGAUAAUUGGGCCUCCAAGAACAAUUUAUGAAAACCGAAUAUACAGCCUUAAAAUAGAAUGUGGACCUAAAUACCCAGAAGCACCCCCCUUUGUAAGAUUUGUAACAAAAAUUAAUAUGAAUGGAGUUAAUAGUUCUAAUGGAGUGGUGGACCCAAGAGCCAUAUCAGUGCUAGCAAAAUGGCAGAAUUCAUAUAGCAUCAAAGUUGUCCUGCAAGAGCUCCGGCGCCUAAUGAUGUCUAAAGAAAACAUGAAACUCCCUCAGCCGCCUGAAGGACAGUGUUACAGCAAUUAAUCAAAAAGAGAAACCACAGGCCCUCCCCCCUCCCCCCCAUUCGAUUUAAGCAGUCAUUUUCCACAGUAGUACAUUUUCUAGAUACGUCUUGUAGACCUCAAAGUACUGGAAAGGAAGCUCCCAUUCAAAGGCAGUUUAUCUUAAGAUACUGUAAACGAUACUAAUUUUUUUGUCCAUUUGAAAUAUAUAAGUUGUGCUAUAACAAAUCAUCCUGUCAAGUGUAACCACUGUCCACAUAGUUGAACUUCUGGGAUCAGGAAAGUAUAUUUAAAUUGAUUCCCAUCAUAACCGGUGGGGCACAUCUAACUCAACUGUGAAAAGACACAUCACACAAUCACCUUGCUGCUGAUUACAUGGCCUGGGGUCUCUGCCUUCUCCCCUUCUCCUCCCCCUGCCUCCCUGCCUCCUCCCCUCCUUCCCUCCCUCCCUCCCUCCAUCCCUGCAACAGCCCUCCAGCUUGGGGUGGCUUGCUAGAGUAGGUGUGAAGGUUUCAGGUCGCAGCCUGUGGGACUACUGCUGGGUGUGCGGGGGUGCUCCAGCUGCACCCCUGGUUUCUUUUUUUUAAGUCUUAAAUGAUGCCCUCCCCCCUCUAAGCCAUCAUCCUUUCUCCACUUCCCAUGACCACCCUUGGCCGAAGCAUAGAUUGUAACCCCCUCCGCUCCCCUCUGAAAUUGGCCUUUGGUGAGGAAUUCAGGGCUUUCCCAUAUCUUCUCCCCCACCUUAAUCGAGGGGUGCUGCUUUUUCCUUCCUCCUCCUCAAGACCCUUUUUGCACCAUUACCACCCAACACUGUCCACGACACUUCCUUGCUUUGGCCAGAAGCCAUCAGGUAAGGUUGGAAAGAGUCUCUGACUUCCCUCAUUUAGUUUUGGAACCACAUUUACUCACUCUCCACCAGCCUGGGAAUGAAUAUUGGGUCCUCAGCCCUGCCACCUUCUGCUGUCAUCGUCAGCUGAUGCGGUUUUUUAGCUCAGGUUUUGAUAAAGUGAAAAGAACAGUCACCAGGGGUACUCAGACCUGCCAGCUCUCAAAGUGCUUGGUGGUUAAACUUGGAGAAAGGCCACAGAAGACACUUGUAAGCACACACGAUCCCUCUGAAUGAAUUGUUUUCUUUUCCUGUAAUUGCUUUGGCUUUUAAAAAUUGAAGUUUUAAACAGGGUUCUCACGUGGUCAUCUUACAAUCCAUUUGGGUCUAGUUUGGAAUCUGACAACUGGAACGAAAAAGAACCUUGAAUUCGGUGCAUACUUUGGUUUUGGUGCUGCUGCUUCCCCCGGUCCUCAGCAGGGAUUAAGAAAGAACUCGGUGUGCACAGCAGAUCCCCGAAAUUGGCGGGCUUGACUUCCUGGCAAAUUGCUGCAUUUUUCCACUUUUCUGUUCAGGACCACUAAAUGCUGAGAUGUGGAUGCAUACCAAAAUAAAAGCGAUUCAUUGUGUUCUAAAGUUUUUUUUUUUUUUUUUUUAAUUUAGUGUUUGUAUAAAACCACCUUUUGAAGCAGCAACUAUCAAGUCUGAAAAGCAAUCGAUGUUUCCAUUAAUCUUUUUCUGGGGGAUACCUUAGUUCUAAGGAUUUAACAUCCUGUAAGUAAAGUUGAACAUAACAGUAUUCCAUAAGCAGCCUUUUUAUUGUCAUACCAUUGCCUGAUUUUAAUAUAAUAAAAAAAAAAGUGUGCGUUAAUAUUUAAGAAGCUGUGCCCUUCUUC